AGUCUGCGCGAGGGCCGGGCCGGGCCGCCGGCCCUUCAGUCUUCUGUGCUUCUCUGCUCUCUACGUCGUCCCGGCUCCCGGGGGAUGCCCCGGACCAGGUUCUCCUCAUGGCUGCCGACGUUUUCAUGUGUUCGCCGCGUCGGCCCCGCAGUCGGGGUCGCUCGGUGCUGCUCAAGCCUCAGGUGCCCGAGGACGACGACGACUCGGACACAGACGAGCCGUCUCCGCCGCCCCCCUCCGGCGUGGCCACUUCAGCCCGGGCCCACGCGAGCGCCGCGCCGCUGCCGCCUCGAGCCGGGCCGGGCCGCGAGGAACCUCCGCGCCGACAGCAGAUCAUUCACAGCGGCCACUUCAUGGUGUCCUCUCCGCACCGCGAGCACCCGCCCAAGAAGGGCUAUGAUUUCGACACGGUCAACAAGCAGACGUGCCAGACCUAUAGCUUCGGCAAGACCAGCUCCUGCCACUUGUCCAUCGAUGCUUCGCUCACCAAGCUCUUUGAGUGCAUGACCCUGGCCUACAGUGGGAAAUUAGUAUCUCCAAAGUGGAAAAAUUUCAAGGGCCUGAAGCUCCAGUGGAGGGACAAGAUCCGGCUCAACAACGCCAUCUGGAGGGCGUGGUAUAUGCAGUAUUUGGAGAAGCGCAAGAAUCCCGUGUGCCACUUUGUCACCCCACUAGAUGGCUCUGUUGAUGUAGAUGAACACCGGCGGCCAGAGGCCAUCACCACAGAGGGCAAAUACUGGAAGAGUCGCAUCGAGAUUGUGAUCCGCGAGUAUCACAAGUGGAGAACCUACUUCAAGAAAAGGCUACAGCAGCACAAGGAUGAGGACCUUUCUAGCCUGGCCCAGGACGAUGACAUGCUGUAUUGGCAUAAACACGGGGAUGGCUGGAAAACCCCAGUGCCCAUGGAGGAGGACUCGCUGCUGGACACAGACAUGCUCAUGUCAGAAUUCAGCGACACCCUCUUCUCCACACUUUCCUCACACCAACCAGUGGCCUGGCCCAACCCACGAGAAAUAGCACAUCUGGGAAAUGCAGACAUGAUCCAGCCCGGCCUGAUCCCUUUGCAGCCCAACCUGGAUUUCAUGGACACCUUUGAGCCUUUCCAGGAGCUCUUCUCCUCCAGCCGAUCCAUUUUUGGCUCCAUGUUGCCUCCUCCUACGUCAGUACCUGCCCCCGAUCCGAGCAGCCCACCUUCUCAGGGGAACAUCUUGCCAAAUCCAGCUCUCCCUCCUGUGAGCCUGCCCAAUAGCCUCAUUGCCUCUUCUGCAGCCCCCUCCCUGGAUCCCACAGAGGGGCAGGGUUGUGAACGCACAUCCCAAUCUGUGGACCCGUUUAUUCAGCCUGCAGACUUUGGUCCCUCUGAACCUCCAUUGAGUGUCCCACAGCCCUUCCUCCCUGUCUUUACUAUGACCUUACUUUCCCCUGGCCCUGCCCCAGCACCUGUUCCCACUGCAUUGCCCUUAGUUUCUCCGCCUGCCCCUACCCUCAACCCCCCGACUCCACCAGCUUUCCUGCAGACACAGACGUUUGCUGGAGUCAGCACAUCAAGCCCUGUCAUUACCCACACAGCCUCUGCAACCCUUACCCAUGAUGCUUCUGCCACCACCUUCAGCCAGAGCCAGGGCCUUGUUAUCACAGCGCACCAUCCAACCCCAUCCCCAUCCCCCUGUGGUCUGGCACUGUCACCUAUACCCCAGCCACCAGCUGUGGGACCUCCCCAACCUCAUUUAACUUUUAUACACCCCAAACCUGUGUCCUUGACUGGAGUGAGACACAAGCAGCCCCCCAAAAUAGUGCCUGCUCCCAAACCUGAGGCUGUCUCCUUGGUGUUGAAGAGUGCCUGCAUUGCUCCAGCUGCCUUUACAGGCCAACCACAAAAGGUGAUCAUGACAUCAGCUCCUCUGAAGAGAGAAGGGAUUCUGGCAUCUACUGUGUCCCCAUCCAGUGUGGUCAUUGCCUCUGCUGCCAUCACCAGGGCUUCUGGAGUCACGGAGUUCCUCAGCCACAGCACGAGCAGCCAGCCUAGCCCUGCCUCUCGGCUCUUCUCUCCAAGCGCAGUGCAAGAUGCCCUGGUGAAGGGCGAGCAGGCCGCACUGCACGGGGGUCCCCAGGCCCCUGCCACGGGCUCCAGUCGAGACUGCCCCAACUCAGGCCAAGCCUCUCCAUGCCCGUCAGAACAAAGUCCCAGUCCUCAGUCUCCCCAGAACAACUGCUCAGGGAAAUCUACAGACCCCAAAAAUGUGGCUGCAUUAAAGAACCGGCAGAAGCACAUCUCAGCUGAACAGAAAAGGCGUUUCAAUAUCAGGAUGGGCUUUAACACUCUGAAUAGUUUGAUCUCCAAUAAUUCCAAGCAGACCAGCCAUGCCAUCACACUGCAGAAGACCAUGGAGUACAUCACCAAGCUCCAACAGGAGCGGAUGCAGAUGCAGGAGGAGGCACGGAGGCUGCGGGAGGAGAUUGAGGAACUUAACACCACCAUCAUCUCCUGCCAACAGCUGCUGCCAGCCACAGGAGUCCCUGUCAACUGCCGCCAGUUUGACCACAUGAAAGACAUGUUUGAUGAGUAUGUGAAGAGCAGGAUCCUGCAGAAUUGGAAAUUCUGGAUUUUCAGCAUGAUCAUCAAGCCGCUGUUUGAGUCCUUCAAGGGGAUGGUGUCCACCAGCAGCUUGGAGGAGUUCCACCGGACGGCUCUUUCCUGGCUGGACCAGCACUGCUCUUUGCCUGUCCUCAGGCCAAUGGUCCUGAGUACCCUCCGGCAGCUGAGUACCACCACCUCCAUCCUGACAGACCCAUCCCAGCUUCCAGAGCAAGCAUCAGAGGCCGUUACCAGGAUUGGCAAGAGAUCGGGGGAGUCCUAAGCUUAGUUGGCAUGUGACUGCAUGAAAUGCCUGGAGAUGCCCCUCCUACCCUUCCUGACACCACCUCAGGGCUGCCCAUUGCACUGUCAGGAUGCCGUGCUCAGGUCUGAAGCAGGUUUGAGGCCUGCCAACAGCAGUAUCCCAUCCUGGGAACCCAUGCUGUGACCUCCUAUUCUGUGACCUCAAUCAUCAGUCUCCCCUGCAUUUGGGGUGGCCCAGACAAAGGGAAACAUCGGCUGUUCCAGUCCUGUCCUCCUGGUGUCAUGUGGUGUCCAGGGCCCGCAAGUGCAAGACAAGGAGACAAGCCUGUUGCCGCAUGUGGGGUCAUCCAGGUCCUUCAGAAUUCCUUUCCUGUGACUUCCAGACUUGGCCCGUGUCACAUCCUUAUCUACUUGUGCUCCACUGGCAAGCCCUGCAGUUUUUGGCCUCUGUAGCAGCAGUGAAGUCUCUUCAUUUCUUGCAACCCCACUGGCACCUAAUCCUCUGGGCUACUGUUCCAACCUCUGCAGAAUGGAAUGUACCCUCCUUAGUGGAUUCCACUGACGGGGAAAUCUCCACAACCCCUGAGCCACGUGGAAAAUGGUGAGUGUGGAGGCCAUCUGGACAGGAUGAAGGCAGCAGCCAUUCAAACCUGCUGUGCUGGCUCAGAAACUCCCUAGGCAAUGUCUUCUCUAUGUCUUAGCUCGGUCGCCAUGACGUUUCAACAUUGCCAGGGCCUCGGCCUAGAGCCUCUUAGGCCUCCCAGAUGGGGCCCUUCUGCGCCUGUUCUCCACCCACUUGUACUCUGCAGUUGUGGAAGAGGCAGAUACACUCCUGGGACGGCCUCCCUUGGUUUCAGCCCUCCAAGGUCAUACUCCAUGUUGCUGCUGUCAUCCUGGUCUUUUAUCUGAAGUUUAGCUGGAGCUCCAAACCAGGACAGUUCUCAGACCAAAGAUGUCAUCUUACUAAAGUCUGUUUCAUCUUGUAUGAAGAGGAAGAAACAAACUGCUCUUAGGCAAGAUGUCAAGGAGUCAGCCCUUGAAACUAUCUCCAGGCUAGCUGGUAAGGUGCUGUGCUCAGAUUUGAACCAGUGGCGUUUGGAGGGUGGCACGUGUCUGAAGGUUCAAGUGUCCCGAUGUGUGUUACAGAUGGUGGAGACAGAAGGGUUAGGGGAAGGGAGCACUUGACCCUCAUCCUUCUCUGCUGCCCCUGAGAGGCUGCAGGCGGUAUGGUGUGGUAUGGUGUAGUACUCUGCAGCACUCGGCCCAGUAAAGGGCUCCUCCUGGAAGAAUGUGCUUUUCUGUCCUGCCGUGACACCUAGAGCAGGCAGCAGGCUUUUUCUUGGACUCUGUCCUCCUGGCCUUGCCUCACCAUGCUACCUGUCCUGAGAAGACCACACGAAGAGGGGAGCCCAGGAUGACCCCUGAAUUUCUGAUCCAUUUGGAAGCUCCUGCUGAUGCCUAAACCUGCUCUGGACUAGGUAGUUAGAGGACAAAGAAAGGGCAGGGGCUGCUGGCCAUGUCAACAUUUAUGCUGAGCCCCUAACCAAUCGCUUGCUUCAUUGUCUAAUUUCUGUCCUGUAUGGGAAUGGUUUGGUGGCCCUCGUCCCAUGCCCCAGAACGUGUUUACAGGUGGGGGGAAGAACACAAGGCAUGUAGGCUGGACCUUGGCAUCUCCACCAAGCACCCCUUCCGUUCCCAAGGACAAAGUGAAAUUGUUCUCCAGAAGGUGAAGGCCGCUGUGGUAAGAAGGAAGAACUAAACCACUGCUGUGAGGGUCGCAAGAAGUCCUCCUCCUCCUCCUCCUCUUCUUCCUCCUCUCCCUCUUCCUCCUCCUCCUCAUCCUCUUCCUCCUCUUCUUUCUCCUCCCCCCCCCAUGCCACACGACACAGGCCACAGCAUGGCUGUGCAGGACUUUGGUUCUCUCCUCCCCUUGUAGGGGAGUAACGUUUUUAAAGCUCUAUGGGGUAUAAGAUUGGCCUUUUGCUUCUCUGGCCUACCUCUCCCUUUUGCUGAGUUAAUUUCAUCUUGUUUCCUCAGAUGUUUAAGGCUGUUGUUAGUUUGUGUGAAACUGGGGCUAGGGAGGGGAGGGGGCAGGGGGUAGAGGGAGAGAGAGAGAGAGAGAAAGUGUGUGUGUGUGUGUGUGUGUGUGUGUGUGUGUGUGUGUGUGUGUGUUGGCAGACUUUGUUAAGUGCAUGCUUAUUUUGUUUUUGAGAGUGACUCCAUUUCCUUUCUCUUGGUGCUCACCUUUGCCGUGGCUGUGAGGCCACAAUGCUUUAAAACUCUCCUCCAGGAAUGAUUAUUUCUACCUUGGAGCUUUUCUUGUUUUGAAAUCUUGCCUGAUGAACCUGCCCAAUCAGAGGGUCCUGGCCUUGACCUCUGUUGGACACCAAGGCCGGCAUUUGGAAAUAGCCAAGGCCACCCUGCCUAGAGUCUCCACUGGGCGCUGACCACAUUGUUCAGCUGGGGUUUGUUUACAGUUAUUUUCAUUCCCAUUCCUGUCCCCACUCACACAGAAGAAACUUCAAAAUGUUGGCACUUUGGAGAAUAAGAAUAUCGGCCACAAAGGAGAAACCACAGAGCCACCUGGGAAAUCUCUGCAGUGUUUCUGUGAAAUCUGAACAAGCUAUCAGCACAUCUGCUGCCUGUUCUUUCACUAUGAGUGGGCACUGCAGAGGCAGGCAGGGUAGCUUUGGCUAAAAUGCUUCCUCAAAGUUAAUGGAGGGCUAUGCACCAGCCGUCACCCCCGAAGAGGAGGCUAGGAGUGCGCCAGUAGUUCUGCACAGCACAAGGGAAGCAUGGCAGCUUCGGGACUUGAUGGUGACACAUUGGGUCUUCUUGUAGAAGAGGCUGGAAGUGGUCAGCCAGCACGAAUUCUCACGUGGCCCGAUCAUGAACCCUGGAUCUUGUCUGUGUGUUGUCAUCUAUACCCCCUCCCCCAGACAUGCAUAGAGAUCUGUCCUCUAAGGUUCUAUGCCCUGACUAAGAAUGAUGUCCACUUAGAUUCUUAGGGGACAUGGCACCCAUUUUCUGGUAGAGUUAAGUGGCAGGUGACACCAGGCCUGCCAAUGGCCAGCAGCCUCCCGGCUGUUGGAUCCUGUGGCUGCUGGAUCACCUGGCCUCAGCUUAACUCCUUUUACCUGCUGGCUCUUGUCUUCCUUCUACAAUGUCAGAAAUCCCUUUCUGUUCAUCCUAUCCUGGUCUCUGUCUCGAUUAGGGCCUCCUAAGAGAAGCUGAGUAUAUGUGGGCCUCUCACUUUUCUUUCCUGGGAGCUAGACAUGCCCUCUUUCUAGAUAAAUAGAUACAGGGCACAGUUGAAGCCCACCAUUGUGUGUGGAACUUGGUUUUUUCAGUGUCACCUUGUGGUCUUGUUGACAAGGUGUGUGGACAGUGAUACAGAAGCAGUCCCCUAGAAUGCCCGUAUUUCAGAGAAGUACAAUUGGGCUUAGCCCCUGGGUGUCUCGUAGUGUCUCAGAGGAGCUGACCUGGGUCUGUGCUGGUGCAACAGGAAGCGGCAGUCACGUCGCUGUGGAAGAGUAUGAAGGCACAGAGCAUGUGUGAAAUAUGUCCCUUUAGCACACACCUCGGCUAGGAUCUCCUCAAUAGGUUUUGUGAUCUUAAGGACAGCUGAUGGGAGACACCAAGAGUGUGGGAGAAAGAAGCCUUGGGAAACAGCCCUGACCCGGUGCUGCUUCUAUGGGCAAGAAUAGGUCAAGCUACCUGCUCUUUCUGAGGAAUGGGCCUCUCUCUUCACUAGAUAGGGCUGUCUGCUUGUCAGAGCUUGUAAGACUCAACCUUCUGGAAAGAAAAGGGAACUUUCCACAGUGAAUGUUAACGUGUGUGUGCAUGCGCACUUGCUCAAGCCUGUGUGUGUGCAUGCGCGUGUUUACUUGGUGGAAUUUUAUUUUUGUAAAAUUCCUUUCCGGUUAUUUAGUAGAAUUCACCUACACCUCCCUGCCUAACGUUGGUUCCACCAUUAUAACCCUAGGCAUAGUGAAUUUGGAACUCCUUUGAGGUUCCUGAACAGGAUCUAGCAUUCUUGAAAGCCGAGAUUGUGGAAGGGUGGGAGACACUGAUUAUGUAUCUGUUUCCUAGUUUACAUCCUGCAGGUUAAAAGGUCUCAUGGCCUCAGCUAGGCUCUGUCCCUCAUGGGGGAGUCCAGUACCACUCCCCUAGGCACCUUGUCACCUGAAUCUUCACCCCGUGAAGGGAAAGCAGGCUUAUUAGCUUGCUCUGUAGCACCCAGCAUGUUCUCCUUCAAGCUCUUCAAGUUUCGGCUUCUGUGCACAGGCUAAGUGUGUGUUGUGUGUUUUGGUGAUGGUACAGGGCUCCUUGAGGAGGCAGCUACACCUGGGGUAGGGUGGGUUUCAUUUAUACCAGAGAUCCCUGGGGCUGCUCACCUGAGCCUGGUCCUCUUGAAGCCUGCUAUUGACAAGCACGUUUCCACCAGCUGUACCCAACACUACAAUGCAUUUUUAAAACUAUAUUUGCAUCUAAGACAAUAAAAUCUUAUUUUUUUUGGAAA